AUGGCGUCCGAAGAUGCAACUCCUAUGACAGAAGUCCCGGUCAAGGUGCCAGAGCCUGCCGAUGGAGCUCCUCCCACUCUGGCCGAGCCGGCAUCUGGGCCCGUCGCCGAGAUGUCGGGAGCUUUGCCGGCUGCCCAGGAUGCAGAAACGAAGCCAGCCGAGACAACUGACCCUCCGACUGUGAAUGGUUCUUCAGAUUCGGUAGCAGAGCCUGUCAAAGAACCUGAAGACCCCGUCACCGAGACCGAGCGUGCAGCUCCGGUCACGGAGGAGACGAACGCAAAAGAGACAGAUGCAACAGAGGCCGGUCAGCCAGAGACCAACGGCGCCGUGGCUGCUGAUAAGAAGUCGUCAUUGCCCAAGAGGAGGUCCUCGGCCGUCCCUGAGCACAAGGGCAAGAAGCUGAACAAGAAGAAGUCUAUGCCCAAGAUCACACAUCUUGAUGCUCAGCCGGGCGAUUAUUAUCUCGCCAGGCUGAAGGGAUAUCCUCCGUGGCCAUCUAUCAUCGCCGACGAGGACAUGCUUCCUGAGAUCAUGCUCAAUACCAGACCUGUCACCACCAAGAAGCCGGACGGCACCUACAACGAAGCCUACGCAGAUGGCGGCAAGAAGAUGAACGAGCGGACCUUUCCGAUCAUGUUUUUGUACACUAACGAAUUUGUGUGGAUCUCCAACACAGAUUUGACCCCUCUGAGCCCCGGGGACUGCAAAGAUGUCCCUCAGAAAGGUAAAGGCAAGGCACUACUCGAGGCCUACAAGGUCGCAGCCGAAGGACAUGAUCUCCUUCACUUUAAGAAGACACUCGAUGAACACUAUAACGCAGUCCAACAAGACAUCGAAGCCAAAGAGGCCAAGGAAGCAGAGAAGGCUGCUAAAGCCGAGAGGAAGAAGCGGAAGAGCGAGGUCAAGGCUGAUGCCGAGGACGUCGAUAUGGAAGAUGUAGACGUCGACGCUGAGCCCAAGAAGUCUUCCAAGAAGCGAAAGAAGGAGGUCGAUGAAGAUGAUGACGAGGACGAGAAGCCGGCGAAAACGCCAAAGACGACCAAGAUCAAGUUAACCACGAGCAAGACUCCCAAGACUGAGGAAAAGAAACCCAAAGAGAAGGCAGGCAAGCCGCGAUCCGAGAGGCGCAAGUCCAAGGCUGCUCAAGAAGAUGAAGAGAUGGCCGAUGCACCUGAACCAGAGCCAGAAGAGAAGCCACUUGAUCCAGUCGAGGCGCGCAAGUCGCGUGAGAAAGAGGUUCUUUUCCUCCGCCACAAGCUGCAGAAAGGCUUCCUUUCCCGGGAUCAAGCGCCCCAGGAAGAGGAAAUGCCACUAAUGGCAACAUACAUCAAGAAACUCGAAGGAUACGCAGACUUGGAAGUCAGCAUCAUUCGAACUACGAAGAUCAAUAAAGUUCUAAAGGCGUUGAUCAAGCUGAACACCAUCCCCCGAGACGAAGAGUUCCAGUUCCGGAAACGCUCGGUAGAACUUUUGAGUCAAUGGAACAAGAUUCUUGGUGCCGAGCCAGCUGACGGCGAGACCACUGGGGACAAAGAAAAUGCUACGAACGGAGUCCACGAUGAGAAGUCAGAAGAAGCCACCGAAGAGGACAAGAAAGAAGAUGCCUCUGCCCCUGCUGCUAUGGAAAAGCCGGUCGAGAGCACCGAAGAGAAGCCAGCUACUGAGGCCGAGCCGGAGGUCGAAAAGCCUGUGGUGCCUACAGAGUCCGAGACUGCACCGUUCGAAGAGCCGGAAGCUGCACCGGCAGAGGUGCCUUCCAAGCCUGAAGCGGCAAUUCCGGAAGUCGUGGACAAGGCGCCAGAGUCUGCUGAGGCUGCGACAGAGGCGGCAGACGUCGUCAAGGCUACUGAGUAG